AUGCCAGCAGAAAGGGACCUCUACGAUAACAAUGAAAGCAAAAAGGUGGGGGGUGAAAAAAAGACAGAACCAUCAUUACAAGUGCAAGAGCUAAAAGGAAUAAAAAAACAAAAAAGUGCAAUUUUUGAAAGUUCAAUAAUUGGUAAUUUGAAAGCACCCACUUCACGUAUUCUAAAUUUAAAUCCAGUUUCAAAUUCAAAUGCUAAAACUAAACUUGCGAAAUUUGGUGCAUCCCACUCAUACUCUUGGAGUAGUUUUGCAAUUUUAAGUGAAGUUGCUGAAGUGAGUUGUCUUUUUGGGGCGAAGUUAGGGUCGAUGUUUCGAGGAGGACUGAAUUGCAACGGAAUAUGGUCCGUGGUGGGUGUGGUGGUACUACUGGUGGCGUGGGUGGGAGGCAGCGAGUUUCCGGAGAGAGAAUGCUGCGAUCCUGUCUACCCACCGAAUACGGCGACGACGGCGGCUGCUCCGGUCACCCCUCCAAUAACCAAGCUUGCAGGUAUGUUUUUUUAA